UCUAGGUGUACAGCAUCUGGCGUGUGUGAUGGAAAUCUAGAGAUACAAUGUUUAACUAUACAUUUUUAGGAAUUAUUUUAUUAGGAACUUUUAGUAAAUCGUUUUCAAGCAUAUUUACCUGUUCCGAAGGCUGGGAUCUCCAUGGUUCUAAAUGCUAUAAGCUGGAUCCAGAACCGAGGAAUUUUACAAAUUCAAAGAAAUUUUGUGAGAAUCUUAAUGCUGAAAUGAUUAUGCCUAUAACUGCAGAAGAAAAUAGUGUAUUAUCAGAAAUUGGUGAAUGGUUUUGGAUAGGACUAAUCGAUCAUGAUAAAACAACAGCACUGGAUUGGACAUGGAACGAUGGUUCUAAAUUAGAAUCCAACGAUAGAUGGUCAAAUGGCGAGCCAAAUAAUGAUGAAUCUCCUGAAGAAUGUGUCAUUUCUUGUCCGAAUGGAUGGGCUGAUGUUCCAUGCACAGGAAUAAAGACAACUGCUUGUCAGAGGAAACCAGAUAUUAUAGCCGACGAGGAUGAAAGUGUUACCCUUACCUCCUGUGACGUCAAGUACAAAGAGAAAAUCACAAAACUGUUUUGGACAAGAUCAACGGAUGACACAAGUGUAAUCGUUUCUGAGUACGCAAAAGGCGGGAACGUUAUAUUACCUAAUCUGGUUUUUGAACACGUAAAAUGGACAGACGAGGGAUUGUAUAAAUGCCAUGUGAUAUUCAUUUCCGGACUGACGCUAAUAGUAGAAACGAGUCUCUUUAUCAAUGCAACAAAUAUGUUUCCAUGUUCAUGCGAAUAUCGGAGAAAACUAGAAUAUUGGGGUUUCAAGAUAAUUCCAAACAGAACCCGAGAAGAAUUGCUGCAGGAAUUGGAAUCAGAAUUACAAAAGAUUAAAAAGGAACUGAAAGUAAAUAAAAGACAACUGUCGUCUAGCAUCCGCAAGCGAACAUCUGCUACUGAUAGACGGAAAUCUUCUGAGACCAUGGGAUUAGCCGGAACUGCUGUUAUUUGUAUUGUCUUUGGCCUUGUUAUACUGAUUGAUUUACUUAGUUUAGUUAAGUUUGUAAAGUCGACAAUUACCUUUUGGAAUUCCAAGAAAAUAAGACAAAAAGCAAAAGACAAAAAAAGUAAGAUGAGAAAAAAGUUCGAUAUUAACAAAAAGAUAAUCCAAACAUCGGAAUCUUUUGCAUAAGAGUAAAAUUAUAGCUAAAAAUAACUUGAUAGCUUUUAAUUUUGAAUGAAUUUGUAAAGAAAAUUAAGUAUCUUGGCUGUUCAAUAUCGAGUUGAUUAGUGUGAUUCAGAAACUGAAUUGUCAUUGGACAACAUCUUUAAUAUCGAUGUAUGGUUUGUACACAAACGUGAUUUUUUGAUGAGAUCAACUUAAAUAUACGAUCAAAAUGUUCUUUCCAGCUUAACUUUUCAUCAAUAUCAAUUCCAUAUAAUUUGAAAGAAUGCCUUUUUGAAUAAUUCGUUGUCAUCAUUAGCGUUGUUAUGACAGGAAUUUUCACCAAAUAAAUACACAAGUUAAAUGGAAUAGUCACAAAAGCGAAAACAACCGAUUGCGUUUCGUAACUUUUCUUUACUGUUAUGUUCCAUUUGAUUAAUCUCUAAUAAAGUGCAUUUUAAAUUGGUUCAA